AUAAACCCUGGACUGAAAGACUAGGGUUUUUCGGGUAUUAAAUUUGAAGAUGGGAAUCGGGUCGACGUUGGCGGGGAUGGAAGUUCCAAUCAUCGGCAGCGACUCCGUCAAAUGGGUCGAGGUGUCUGUCCCUUCUUCUUCUUCCUCUGCCGUUGCUGCUUCACCGCCCUUCGCCCCUCUGACCGAGGAUUACGCCUCAUCCUAUGGCGUUAAAGAUUCUCCUACCCAUCUCAUUUGGAAAAUUCACAAGGCCCUACCUCAUGCCCUCGAAUUACUUGAGCUCUCUGCUAACAAAGAAUUUCCCAUGAUGGGACUGCGAAUCACUUUCCCAGAUGCGCUCUCUCCCUUCGCUUUUGUCUGCCAAAAUCAGAUUACUUACUCUGAUAGGCACCCCCACUUGCUGUAUGCAUUGACCGUGUCGGGAGUCGCUUAUCUCCUCAAACUCAAAAACGUUUCUACUUAUGCUUCCAGCUCCGUUUUCCCCUUAGAUGAGCUUAUAGAGUUUAACAUUCACACUUAUUAUUCCAAUCACGGAGCGAUAACAACUGUAGCAGCAACUGCAGGAUGUUUUGCAGUUGGGUUCAGUGAUGGAUCUGUUAGUUGCUUCCAACUUGGCAUACUUGACCAGAGUGCUCCUGGUUUUGUGCAUGAACUGCGGGAUGAUUCGGGAAUUGGUCGUUUGUGGGGUAUCAUCUCAAGGGGUAGGAUUGUAGGGGCCGUGCAGGACUUACUAAUAUUUGAGGUGCAUGGAAAACAACUUCUAUUUGUGCUUCAUUCCGAUGGGAUCUUACGAGUAUGGGAUUGUACAAGUUAUAGCAGGAUCUUCAGUCAUACAAUCAGCUGUCCAGAAUUGGCAGGAGCUACUUUUAAAAGGUUGUGGGUGGCCCAAGCUGAUAAUGAUUCGAGUGUAAUUCCUUUGGCAAUCUUGUACAGUCAAACUUUGGAAGUUAGCAUGGAGAUGAUCUAUGUAUAUGGCUUGCAUUGUAAUUUUAGUGACAGGACUGUUUUAACACUAGAGCCUUCUGUUCAAAAUCUGCCUUUGGAGGAGGGGAGAUGCAUUGAUGUCAAACUUACCUCAGACAAGAUAUGGGUACUGAAAGAUAAUGGAUUGGUUUUUCACAACUUGUUGCAUCCAACUGUUACUGUGGAAGAACCACAAAGUUAUGCAUUGCAGGAAGAAUUUGUUGCUGAUCAACUAUUUCAAAGUUCUGAACAUUCUUCAGAUAAUCUACUUUGGAUAACACAUUCAUUAUUUUCAUCUGGAAAGGAUCAUACUGUGCCCUUUGUGUCUUCGAUUUUCUUACGCAGGUUACUUUGUCCUGGGGUUCAUCAUAAUAUUUCUUUGCGAGCAACUCUACUGGACUACAAUAGACACUGCACUGAUUCUGAAUACCAGUCCUUAACUGCUGACGGACUGAAAAAGGAAAUCCUUUCACUAAUUGAAAAUGAGGGUUCCACUGAAAAUUCAUCAAUAUUUUACUGCUGGAAAAUUUUCUGUACACGAUACUUCCAUAACUGGUGCAAGAACAAUGCACCAAGUGGUUUGCUUCUUGACUCUUCAUCAGGUGCUGUUGGUUUAAUCAGAAAGAAUUCAUUAUCUUUUCUUCGAUGUUUGGAGGAUAUUGAGCGGCUUGUCAAUGGUUCUUCUGAUGAACACGGUGAUCUUGUAAGCUUUGGGUUGGACUUAUUUGAUGCUGAUCUUGAUUGUGAGAUUCUUAUGGAAAUGCUCAGAUGUGUUAUUAGCAUCAGCCAACAAUUGGGCAAAACAGCUUCUGCUAUAUUUUAUGAAUCACUUGUUAGUACAUCAGCUGUCCCAUCUGAAGAAAUUCUUCAUUGCAUUAUGAAGAUUCUAGUGAUUGGAUAUAGUUCAUCAGCAGCAAUGCUCCAUGUGUCAGAUAGCGGAGCUGAUAUAGCUUGGGAGAAGAAACUGGCAGAUCACAAAAAUAUACGGAAAUUCUCUAUUGACAUGCUGUUAUCUCUUCAUGCAUUGCGCAAAAAAGCUGUCACGUGGAGCAGAGUUUUGAAUGUCAUAGAGAGUUUUCUAAAAUUUCUUGUACCUCGCAAAAUCAUACAUAAUUCUGAUGCUGAAAUAUCAUCAAGUAUCAAAGCCGCCAUCUUGGUCCAGGCUACUUCUCAAAUUUCGAAGGUGAUGUUUGAGUCUGCACUGGAUAUGCUUCUGUUUCUUAACUAUCUGGUGAAAAUCAGUGGGCAGAUUCAUUUGUUGCAUGAUGAUAUAUCUAGAAUACAACUUGAGUUUGUCCCAAUGAUUGAGGAAAUCAUUUCUGAGUGGCUUGUCGUUCAUUUCUUUGCCACCACACCAUCUCAACCAGCUGCAAUAGAAGAUUUCAGCUCUCAACUUUCAUCAUUACAAAUUGAUAGCAACAUGUGUAAAAGAUCAUGGAAUGAGAAGCUUGGCAAAUGUCACUUCACAUUGGCUUUUAUACUCAUACAUAAUAUUCAAAGUUCCUCUGGAGACCGUAGCAACCUUUCUUCAAGAUGUCUCCCUAGUUCUCAUGAUAUUAGUAAUUCAAUGCGUGAAUUUACCAGCUGGAUUAUUUGGGGCAAGUCUGGAGAAUCUUCUGCUUUCUUGAGCCAUUCUACUGAGCUUGCACCAAUCCUGCUUAGGCAUGGCCAGUAUGAUGCCACUGAGUACCUGCUCACAACAGUGGAGGCACAUUUACGAAAGGAGAAGACGUCACAAAGUAUUCAAGACACCGAUGGUCGAUGGUGCAUACUUCAUCAUCUUCUAGGAUGUUGCUUCCUUGCUCAGGCACGAUGUGCUUCACAUGGAAUGCUGAAAGAGAAGAAAGUCAAUGAAGCUGUUCGCUGUUUCUUCAGAGCUUCAUCUGGAAAAGGAGCUUCCCAGGCUUUGCAGAGUUUGUCUCAUGAAGUCGGAUUUCCACAUCUGGGUUUCCCUGAUUGUGUAUCAGAUGCCGCAUGGAAGGUGCAUUACUAUCAGUGGGCAAUGCAGAUAUUUGAGCAAUAUAAUAUUAGUGAAGGUGCUUGCCAGUUUGCACUUGCUGCACUUGAGCAAGUUGAUGAAGCUCUAAGUCCUAAAGGUCAUGACUAUGGUAGAGAUCCAUUCAGUGAAUCUACAGCCACUAUCAAAGGACGACUUUGGUCAAAUGUAUUCAAGUUUACUUUAGAUCUUAAUCGCUUUUAUGAUGCAUACUGUGCGAUAAUUACAAAUCCAGAUGAGGAGAGCAAAUACAUCUGCUUAAGGCGUUUCAUAAUCGUUCUUUAUGAAUGCGGUGCCAUGAAGAUUCUUUGUGGUGGUCAACUUCCCUUCAUUGGCUUAAGUGAUAAAGUGGAACAAGAGCUUGCCUGGAAGGCAGAGCGAUCUGAUAUUUUGGCAAAGCCAAACUCAUAUAAGUUGCUAUAUGCGUUUGAAAUGCACCGACAUAACUGGCGAAGGGCAGCCGGUUACAUAUACCUAUAUUCAGCUCGUUUGAGAACUGAAGCAGCUCUGAAAGAGUACCUGUACACUUCACUGGUGCUGCAAGAGAGGCUGAAUGGGCUCUCUGCUGCUAUCAAUGCUCUGUGUCUUGUUCAUCCUAUGUAUGCUUGGAUUGAUCCUUUGCUUGAGGGAAAUUCUCUUCACAACGAGCAUUAUCCUCGCAAAAAGGCUAGGACAACGGAGGAGAAGACCAGCAAUGACGAUCAGCCUCAAAGGUGGCAGUCUUAUAUUGAUAUUGAGAAACUUGAGAAUGAGUUCGUGCUAACUUCAGCAGAAUAUUUGCUUUCUUUGGCGAGCGUCAAAUGGACAUUUACUGAAGUUCACAAAGCACCAUCAGAUUUGGUCGAUCUUCUGGUCCAGAAAAAUUUAUAUGAUAUGGCCUUUACAGUUCUUUUAAGAUUCUUCAAGGGUUCAGCAUUGAAAAGGGAACUAGAAAGAGUUUUCUGCGCUAUGUCAUUGAAAUGCUGUCAAAAUAAAGUAGAUUCUUCAUGCGUUCGGGAAGAUGUCAGGACACAUGGUCUUUUGUUGAUGUCAUCAAAGACUGAAAUGGUUGUUCAUGGUUCACCUGAUAUGGUUCCUGCAGAUCAACAAUCUAAGGGGAAUAGUCAAUGGGAAACUCUUGAGAUUUAUCUUGAAAGAUACAGGGCUUUUCAUGCCAAAUUACCAGUAAUUGUUGCUGAAACUUUUCUUUGCGCUGAUCCUCAGAUUGAAUUGCCUCUUUGGCUGGUUCAAAUGUUCAAGGAUGGUCGAAGGGAAAGGAUGUGGGGGAUGACUGGUAAAGAAUCAAAUCCUGCAUCCUUGUUUCAGCUCUAUGUUGAUUACGGUCGAUAUACAGAAGCUACAAAUCUGUUACUUGAUUACAUAGAAUCGUUUGCAUCAGCGAGGCCAGCUGAUAUAAUAAAUCGGAAAAGACCUUUUGCCGUUUGGUUUCCAUACACAGCAAUUGAGCGCCUAUGUUACCAGCUUGAGGAAUUCAUCAGUUGUGGCCGCAUGGUAGACCAUUGUGAUAAGCUCAAAGGGCUAUUACAUGGAGCUUUGCAGAAGCAUCUUCAGCUGCUAAGGGUGGAUUCAGAUGAUGCACCUUCAGCUGUCCGUUAGAAAAUUGCAGCAAAGGAUAGGUGCUGAUACUUGAUGCCUAGUAAAAGACAAGCCUCAUUUUUUGAGUCCAUAAAUUUGCACCAGAGGGUUAAUGAUGGUGCGGAUUUAUCUAUUAUUCUUGUUUUUUUCCCCAGUUGGGCCUCGUUUUGCAGAAUCAGCAGAAAAUGCAUAAUAUGUGAAUAUUGUAGAAUAGUUGGAAGGCAUCGCUAACCCCUUAUGUUGGUGAUAUACACUACAAUGAGAGAUCAUCUACUCAUGGGUGCAUACAUUUUGAUUGCUCCUCUGGCUGUCUUCAAGAUUGGAAAAAGGACUGGUGGCUAUGAUACCAAAAACAUUGGCUCUUUGUGUUGAAGUUCGGAGACCCGACCUCUGAGCAGUUUGGGAGACUGGAGAGCUCAUACUGGACCCUUAGAAGCCUUCUCUCUCUUUAUUUUAUUUUUUUGUAUUUAAAGAAGAUAAUGUAUUGUUAAUUCCCUCUCAAAGCAGGCUUUAGUUUACUCUCUACUAUGUACAAUUUAUUCAUAUAUACAAUUUAAAUAACUGGUUUCAAUAUUU